UGGGGCUGAAUCUUGGCCCUGGGGCUGAAUCACCCUGCAGGGUGAAUCUUGAGGGCUCUAAGUUGUCUUUGCUGCAUAUCGAUAUCCUUCCUUUUCGUGGCUUUUUAGUUGUUUUAAUUCUGCAUCCAGGGAGUAUGAGGGAAGCAGGCUCGUAGCCCAGGACCUUCUGGUCCUGACUGGCCUCAGCUCUGGGCCCUGCUCCUCUCAGGCCUGUGCCCUGUCCAGCAGGCCCGGCAGAUGUUUGAGGGGGAGAUGGCAAGCCUGGAGGCCCUACGUAGCACAGGCUUGGUACGGGCCCCUCGGCCCUUGAAGGUGAUAGACCUGCCGGCAGGUGGGGCUGUCUUUGUGAUGGAGUACUUGAAGAUGAAGAGCUUGAGUAGUCAGGCUUCCAAGCUUGGAGACCAGAUGGCAGACUUGCACCUUUACAACCAGAGGCUCAGGGAGAAAGUGAAGGCGGAGGAGAACACAGUGGGCCAGAGGGCUGAGGGUGCAGAGCCCCUGUAUGUGACCAAGUUUGGCUUCCACACAGUGACGUGCUGUGGCUUCAUUCCACAGGUGAACGAGUGGCAGGAUGACUGGGCCACCUUUUUCACCCGGCACCGGCUCCAAUCACAGCUGGACCUCAUCGAGAAGGACUAUGCUGACCGGGAGGCACGAGAACUCUGGUCAAGGCUGCAGGUGAAGAUCCCGGAUCUGUUUUGUGGCCUAGAGAUUGUCCCUGCCCUGCUGCAUGGGGAUCUCUGGUCAGGAAAUGUGGCUGAGGAUGAUGAGGGGCCCGUUAUUUAUGACCCAGCUUCCUUCUACGGCCAUUCUGAGUUUGAACUGGCAAUUGCCUUGAUGUUUGGGGGGUUCCCCAGAUCCUUCUUCACGGCCUACCACCGGAAGAUCCCCAAGGCCCCGGGGUUUGACAGAAGGCUGCUGCUGUACCAGCUCUUUAACUACUUAAACCACUGGAAUCACUUUGGGCCGGAGUACAGAAGCCCAUCCCUGGGCACCAUGAGGAAGCUGCUCAAGUAGCAGACGGCUCUAGCCCAGGGCAGGGAGCACCUGAAUAAAGUCGGAGCAGGCUCUGGGGUCCCAACUGGGUGCUGGUUUC